AGAAAGCGGCUUGGUAAGAGGAUGACGCGCCCGGCUCCGUACUGUUGCAGACUCAGCAUGGCGGCGGCGCUGAAGGAAGCUGUUGGGCUGUAUGAACAGCUUAAAUUAGAGUGGAAUAAGAAAAGCCCCAACUUGAACAAAUGUGGGGACAUUCUAUCAAAACUCAAGAUUUCCCUCUUGGAGCUGAACUUCCUCCCCACUACUGAAACGAAGUUGACCAAGCAGCAGAUGAUCUUAGCCAGAGAUGUUCUGGAGAUUGGGGCACAAUGGAGCAUCUUAAAGAAAGACAUCCCCUCAUUUGAACGCUACAUGGCCCAACUGAAGUGCUACUAUUUUGAUUAUAAAGAGGAACUGCCAGAAUCUGCCUAUAAGCAUCAACUGCUGGGACUUAACCUUCUCUUCCUACUGUCUCAAAAUCGUGUGGCAGAGUUCCACACUGAGCUUGAACGUCUUAGUGCCAAGGAUAUUCAGACAAAUGUUUACAUCAAACAUCCUGUAUCACUGGAACAGUAUCUGAUGGAGGGAAGUUACAACAAAGUCUUCCUAGCAAAAGGGAACAUUCCUGCUGAAAGUUACACCUUUUUUAUUGACAUUCUUCUUGACACAAUCCGAGAUGAGAUUGCUGGCUGUUUUGAGAAGGCAUAUGAACAGGUACUCUUCAGUGAAGCAACAAGAGUCCUCUUCUUCACUUCUAAGAAGAUGACAGAUUAUGCAAAAAAGCGUGGCUGGCAUUUAAACUCUAAUAACCAAUACACAUUUGGCUGUCAGCAGCAAAAACCAGAGGAGUCCACUAUUCCAUCUACAGAGUUGGCCCGCCAGGUCAUUGAAUAUGCACGUCAACUGGAGAUGAUUGUCUAGCAACCUCCUCCUUCAGUGAACUUCGCUCAUAUCUAUUUAAACUCUGUCCUACUAUGGAAGCCGUAUCAGAGGACUUUAAUUACAAUGUAAUUAUUGCAAGCAGCUGUCUCUUUUGUUGUUCCCCCACCCCCCAAAUCAACCCUCAGUUUUUCAUUACAUGCACCUCCUGCCCUUUUGUGGGCAUUUCAUACUAAACCUACUGACCCAAGUUUGUAAAUGGAUCCUGUUCUAUGGAAUAAAUUGUGGAAAAAAUGAAAAAUAGGAAGAUGUAUGUUUCACACUCUUUUAUUGGCUGAGGUUUUUAUGGUUGUGAUCACAUUGUGUUUGUCAUGGAAAUGGAGCCUGGUCAUUCCAGCUUCAACUUUCAUAAGCCUUGUAUAACCAGUGUACCAUACUUCUGGUAUAUUUGCAUACUCCAGGUAGUAUUAAAGGUGUGUAAGGACAUGCACUUUUCAAAAGAUGCAAGCCUGCUUCCUUCUCCAGGUUGGUGCUUCAGUUAAUAUCUAAGAAGCUGGAGUGACUUUGUCUUGAUAAAGGGAUGUUAUCCCACUUUUCCUUGUCUACUGAUAUUGGAACAAAUUUCACUGUAAUUGCAUCCUGAAAUAUUUUGUUAAUGUUUAGUAAAUCUUUUAUUGCCCAAGUAAGGUUGGUUAUACACAUCAGUUUAGGGCAGUUGUGUCAACCUCCAAUCCAGGAGGGCCACAGUGGCUGCUGAUUUUUGCUUUCUGCCACUUUCAUCAUCAUGGACCAAUGUCUGCUGUUAAUUGACUUCUAUUCCCUUCAUUUUAAUUGCCAUGUUUUUAAAGACUCCAUCCUCCGAAUGGAUGGUUUUUUUUUUCCUUAAAUGGCAGCCAAACAAAAAUGAGAUUUGAAGUGAGCCAACAGAUGACCAGCUAACUCCAUACGAUUUCUCUCCAACCAGUUUUUUAAUUAGAUGAUUCUGGAUGUUAAUUAAACCUGUUUACCUCCAUGGCUUGCUUUGGGCUACAGCAGACAUUUCCAAAACAGUUUUUAUUUUUUCUAAAAGAACCAUUGAAAUGUUUUACAGACCUGAGUAGAUCAACAUUAUUGCUACUUUCACCUAUCUUUUAAGAUAUUGUAUGAUAGAUAGGUUAGCUGGUCAUGUAUUGGCUUACUUUGUGUCAUUAUUGUUUCACUGCUAAUUAAG